AUGCCUUCACGAGCCCAUGCCGCCCGCCCACAUCUCCGAGGCCGUCGACAUUGGUCGGCAAUUUCAAUUCUCUCGAAAAAGUCCUUCCGCUCCUUUACGUCCGACUUCGAGGCCGAUGACGAGCGGUCCUCGACCGACGGCAGUAUGAGUCCGCGGAGCAGUGACAGCGAUUGGCGCCCAAUUGGGGCGCCUCGCUACUCGGGGCAUGAUGCGCGACCGACCAGCGGAAAGGAACUGCUUGGCUGGUACAUGUAUGGCUUUGCGGCCGAGGUGUAUGUGGUGUGUGGAAUCGGCUCAUUCAUUCCCAUUCUCCUGGAAACCUUGGCCCGUGAAAACGGUGUACUGGUUUCAGACCCUACGAAGCCGUGCGGAUCGAGCGACAGCAAAGGCGGAGAUGACGGGCAAUGCGUCGUCUACGUGUUAGGUCUCGAAAUCAACACUGCCAGUUUUGCAAUGUACACCUUCUCGGUCAGCGUUCUAUUGCAAGCGCUCCUGGUCGUGAGCAUCAGUUGUGCGGCCGAUCAUGGACAUUACAGAAAGAAACUCCUCUUGACCUUUGCUUGGCUCGGCGCCUUCUCCGUCAUGUGCUACAUCUUUAUCAACAGGGAGAACUACAUCCUCGGUGCUGUUCUCACCAUCCUCUCCAAUACGUCUUUUGGCGCGUCGUUUGUGCUUUUAAAUUCAUUUUUGCCACUACUGGUGCGGAAUCAUCCCGAGGUGCUGAAUGCUUGCCGUGGAACGACGCCGGACUUGGCCGACUCUGCACUAGAGUCCAGAGCUCUCGAUGAGUCAGUUGGCACGCUGGGGGACGAUGCUACGGACGCAACGUCGCCGCUCUUGCCCGGCGAGAGCACUGCGUCGGGUCCGCGACUUCGAAGAGUACCAACCCACGAAGAACUUACUUCGACCGAACUUCAGCUCUCCUCGCGCAUGUCCGCCAAGGGCAUGGGCAUCGGCUACAUCGCCGCCCUUUUCCUCCAGUGCCUGUCCAUUGGCAUUCUACUCACCAUGAAGAACUCUACGUGGUCUCAGAGGGUGGUCCUUUUCGUCAUCGGGUCUUGGUGGGCGGUGUUUACCGUCCCGCCAGCUCUGUGGCUACGACCAAGACCUGGACCGCCACUGGUCGAGACGGGACGGAAAGGCGCAUUUGGAUGGACUCCUUACCUGACUUAUGCGUGGAAGUCUCUUUUCCGCACCAUCCAACAAGCAAGACGGUUAGCAGACAUCAUGCUGUUCCUUGCAGGAUGGUUUUUACUUUCGGACGCCAUUGCCACCACCUCUGGCACCGCCAUUUUAUUCGCCAAGACACAAUUACACAUGCGUCCCUGGGCGUUGGGCAUGAUCAACGUCAUUACAACCAUGGCUGGAAUACUCGGCGCAUUUGGGUGGCCCAUGGUCUCACGAGGCUUGGGGCUGCAAGCCCAUCAGACCAUCUUGGUCUGCAUCGCUCUCUUUGAACUGAUACCACUCUAUGGGCUCAUGGGCUAUCUCCCGUUUGUGAAGAAUUGGGGUGUCCUCGGCCUCCAGCAGCCAUGGGAGAUGUAUCCCUUGGCAGCGAUAUACGGCCUUGUCAUGGGCGGCCUGAGCAGUUACUGCCGUUCGCUAUACGGAGAAUUGAUUCCCCCAGGGUCCGAGGCGGCGUUCUACGCUCUCUACGCCAUCACAGACAAGGGAUCGAGCGUGUUUGGGCCGACCAUAGUCGGCGCGAUCAUCGACCGGACGGGCAGCAUUCGGCCUGCGUUCUGGUUUCUGGGGGCGUUGGUUGGUCUUCCAGCACCGUUGAUAUGGUUAAUCAAUGUCGAGAGAGGAAAGAAGGAGGGCGAGCGACUGGCGGCCAAGAUAGAGGGCUCAGAAGUGUGCGUAUCGCAAGGAGCACAUCUGGUGGAGGACGAGGAUGUUGGCUAG